CGGUCUCAAACAAGUGAACAAGAGCCCAAUCGGUUCUCGGGCGCGUCUCUUGAAGACUUUCAGGGUAGCUUGUAUGAGAUCUGCAAAGACCAGAAUGGCUGUCGAUUCCUGCAAAAGAAACUCGAAGAACCAAAUGGACAGAAUCUUGAGAUGAUAUUUGAUGAAAUUCACUCACAUUUUGUUGAGCUCAUGACAGAUCCAUUUGGAAACUAUCUAUGUCAAAAACUAUUGGAACGAUGCAGUAAUACACAGCGUGGCAUCAUUGUCACCAUUAUUGCUCCAGAACUGCUCAGUAUCUCUUUAAACAUGCAUGGAACCAGAGCAGUUCAAAAGUUGAUUGAGUUUCUGGUGACUCCCGAACAAAUCCAGGCUGUGACAGCUGCAUUGGCUCCAAAUGUGGUUGCUUUGAUCAAGGACCUUAAUGGAAACCAUGUUAUUCAAAAAUGCCUCCAUCGCCUGUCUGCCGAAAACAACCAGUUUAUAUAUGAUGCUGUGAGUGCGAGUUGUAUAAAGGUCGCCACACACAGGCAUGGAUGCUGUGUAUUGCAACGAUGCAUUGACCAUGCAGCCCCCUAUCAAAAGGAACAACUGGUGAGUGUGAUCACAUUCUUGGCCCUUCCUCUUGUUCAGGAUCCAUUUGGGAACUAUGUGGUCCAGUAUGUGUUGGAUUUAGGAGAUGUUCAGUUUUCGGAUGGGCUUGUAAGACGGUUCCUUGAUCAUGUGUGUGAUCUAUCUGUUCAGAAGUUUAGUUCGAAUGUGAUUGAAAAGUGUAUUCGUGUAUCUGAGCCAGAGACACGCAGACUCUUGAUUGCCGAGUUGGCCAUAAAGACCAAUAUGGAUCAGUUGCUAAGAGAUUCGUUUGGAAACUAUGUGAUCCAGACGUGUUUAGACUAUGCCGAUCCAGAUCAACGUGUUCAGCUGGUUGAAUGUAUUAGACCGUCUUUGCCUUCGAUCCGUAGUACACCAUAUGGAAAACGUAUCUAUGGAAAGAUCCAGCAG